CUGAACACACACGCGUCUACCUUGACAGCUCGGAAACAUUGCUAAUCUCUAAACAGCGAUAAACUACCUUUUGUAGCAUUAGACUGUCUACGAGAACCAUUUAAAGUCUAUACAACCAACACAGUCGUUGAAGGAUAAGAGCGUUGUAGCCUACCUCAAACACUUCGCCGGGAGGGAGUCAGCGGCGGAGAUGUCUGUGCCUUUCUCAUACACGUACCUCCGAGUGCCCCAAGGGUUCGGGGCACUCCUGGAGGGUCUGGCAAGAGAGGUGCUGAGAGAUCAGCCUGAUGAUAUCCCCGCCUACGCGGCCAGUUACUUCAGACGUCUCCUCAAGACUAGAGAUGAGAUGAGGGAGGACCCAGUAUCAUGGGCAGCCAAAGUGGAGGACAGGUUUAACAACAGGUACUCCCUUAAGGCCCCUGUGAAGCAGGAUCCCACAGCUGUCAGGACCCAGUUGGAGUGAGUGCCAUUCUGUCUCACACUAAACCUUCCUGCUGAGAGAGAGAGCGAGGGAGAGAGAGAGAGAGAGAGAGAGAGAGAGAGAGAAUUGCAGCUAUUCUGAAAGUAGUUAGAGAAGCAGCAGAGAGGAACAACCCAGCAGUCAUUACCAUCAUAUCAGACUACCACAUUAACAUUAGUAAACACUCACAUUUAA